AGUGUUGUGCUUUGAGAUAAAGUACAGCAGAGUGUUAGAGUGGGAGCGAAAAUGCUAACAUUGUUAACGGAAUACACCAGUAACAUAAAUGAUUCAAAUAUUUUUUUUAUUUAACUUAAAUGUGUUUUUACAACGAAGUUUAUUUUAUAUUCCUACAUAAAGUUGUGCAUUUUUUAAGCUUUUCAUAAAGAAAGUAAAUAAAAUAUAGAAGUGUAUAGUGAACUUUUGUUUUGUGCAGCGGACUGACUUGAACACUAAUGUUAUUUUUGUUUCGUUAGUCAAAUUGUUGGGGCUUAGCGUAAACGUAAGAGAAAGAAAGAGCAGAGUUUUUAUGAACAUUAUGUGCUCGAAUUACUUUUAAAAUUCUCGCAGUUUAUAAACGCGAUUUAUUAGUGGAAUGGUGCUACAGAACAGUGCAAUUUAACAAGAGCGAUGUCAGAAGCUACAACGCCAACGGCGACCGAGGCGCCGGCGCUGGAUGAUCGCGAUGUCGAGCCGCGCACGCCCAUGAAGCGGCUCGGCUCCACCAGGAAACUAGCCGCCUUCAACAACAUCCGCAUGCAGCUGGCGGAGCAGAGCCGCGUGCUGGAGGCGCGCGCCGAGGCCACGGCCGGCGUGGCGGGCGAGCUGCACGACUACUGCCGCCGCCGCGCAGACCUCGAGCACGACUACGCGCGCGCGCUCGACAAGCUGGCGCGCGCCGCCGCCCAGCGCCACAAGGACCAGAAGCACAAGCGCGAGCAGUGGGCGCUGACGAGCGCGUACGCGUGCUGGCAGGGCGCGCUGGAGCACACGCGCGCGCUGGCGCGGGACCACGCCGCGCUCGCAGACCUGUACGCCGGCCCGCUCGCCGCGCGCCUGCAGCGCGCCGCCGACGACGCGCUGCGACUGCACCGCAAGUGCCGCGACAUCGUGUCGGAGCGCCAGGAGGACGUGGGCGCCGCGCUGGCCGACGCGGCCGCCGCGGGCAAGGCGCACGCCGCCGCCGCCUCCGACUGGCGCCAGGCCGCGCUCAAGCUGCGCCACGCCUACGACCAGCGCCAGCGCGUCGCCGCCGUCGACCCGCCGCGACACAAGAAGCUCAAAGCGCUCGACAAAGAACUGGAAAAGCGUCGCGGCCGGCACCGCGCCGCGCACGAGCGAGCGCUGCGCGCGCGCGCCGACUACGUGCUGAGCCUCGAGGCCGCCAACGCCACGCUGCAGCGGUACUACCUCGACGACAUCGCAGACAUCAUACUGUGCAUGGAGGUGGGGUUCGAGGGCGUGGUGGGGCGCGCCGUGCGCACGGCGGGCGAGGCGGAGGCGGGCGCGGGCGCGGCGCGCGCGGCGGCGGCGGCCAGCCUGCGCGGGCCCGGCGCCGCGCUGGACGCGCUGGCCGCGCGCGCCCGUCUGCUGGACGCGCACGCCGCCGCCUUCUCGCUGCCGCGCCCGCUGCUGGCGCCCGCGCCCGCCGACGCCGCCGACCUGCUGGCCGACGCGGCGGACGACGCGCCCGACGCAGCCCCGCACCACGUGGCGGCCGAGCUGGCGCAGCGCCUCAACCAGCUCGACGCCGCCGCGCGCCAGCUGCGCGCCGAGUGCCGCGAGCACGCCAAGACGCUCGACGCCGCCGAGGCCGAGCUCAUCAAGCAGAUGGAGGGUGACGACGCAGCUUGGGAUGUGAGCGGAGUGUUCGGGGCGGGGGGCACGGGGGCGGCGUCCCUGCCCACGGUCCCCGCCGCCGUGGCCGAGGACCAGGAGGACUACUACUUGCACAAGUUCCGCGCCUACGUGGCCUGCGCCGGCCGCCUGGCGCGCCUCGAGGCUAAGAGCGCGGCGCUGCGCGGGGGCCUGGCGGGCCCGGCGGGCGCGGCGGCCGCAGACGGGCCGCGGUCCCCGCCGACGCCCCCGCGGCGCGCGGCGGCGCGGCUGCGGCGCGGGCAGUGGGCGGCGCCGCUGGAGGCGCGCCUGCCGGCCGUGCUGGUGUCGUGCGUGCGCGUCAUCGCCACGUACGGGCUGCGCCAGCAGGGCAUCUUCCGCGUCUCGGGCUCGCAGGUCGAGAUGCAGGCGCUGCGCGCCGCCUUCGAGCGCGGCGAGGACCCGCUGGCGGGCGUGCGCGACGCGUCCGACAUGAACUCCGUGUGCGGCCUGCUGAAGCUGUACCUGCGCGAGGUCCGGCCGCCGCUGCUGGCGCCGGCGCUGCAGGAGCGCCUGCUGGCGGCCGCGGCGCUGGCGGACGACGCGGCCUUCGUGCGCCGCAGCCGGGCCGCGCUGGCCGCGCUGCCGCUGCCGGCGCUGCUGGUGCUGCGCUACCUGUUCGCCUUCCUGGCGCACCUGGCCGAGCACGCCGACCACAACAUGAUGGACGCCUGGAACCUGGCCAUCUGCCUGGGGCCCACGCUGAUGGCCGCCUGGGGCGAGGGCGGCGCGCAGGUGGCGGCGCAGAACCUGGUCAACGAGCUAGUCAAGCGCAUCAUCCUGCACCACGCCGACAUAUUCCCGCAGGACGUGGCGCCCCACGCGCUCUACCGACGCUUCAGGUGCCGCCGCUUGUACUCGGUGCCGCUUGCUACCGUACGGCAAGCUGUGGGCCAUCUACUGACCUUUGCUGUGUGCAGUGACGGCGACGCGGGGGCGCACGGCGACGGGGACGCGCCGGCCGAGGCCGCGGACGGCGCGGACGACGGCGCGGCGGAACGCGCGGCGAGCCCGGCGCCGGCGGACGAGCCGGACGCGCCGGACGACCUGUCGCUGUACGACAUCGACGACGACGACACAGGUACUGCCCGCGUCCCGCGCCUCUGCCACAUAAUAUAA